CCACCCCCCCACCAGUGCCGCCUCUGCUCUCUUCCGACGUCCACCGCCCACUUCAAUUUUCCAGUUGAUUGUUUGUUUGUUUGGAGUGGUACUCAUAUUGUUGGCUUUCUGCUAUCCUUUUUAGUGUAGUUUAGACGAAUAUUCUCUUUCAGUGAACACCAUCAGAAGUAUUCAGGAGGUUCCUCAUAGUUUGGCCCACAUCAGCUAGUGCACUAUUUCUGAAAUUCAUAUACCAGCUUGGAGGCCCUGUAAAAGAAUUAUACUAAGGAUUUGCAAUGUUCAUACUAUAGAGAUUUUGAAAUUUAAUAAUGCUAUAUUCAAAGUAACAGAAAUAUACCGAAGACUUAAGAAUUGACCGCUAGACAGUGUACACGUAAUAUAUUCCACAUCAUUAAUUCUUGUUUACGUUUACAAAACCCGCCACCUAACUCACCGGCUGCUGUCUGUCUUGGAAGACUCAAUACCUAGUUAAAAAUAAUGUACACAAUUCAUGAGGGUGAAAUUAUUUAUAAAGAGAUUUAUGGAACUGCUAACAGACAAAGAUUUUAUGUUAAGCCACCAGACCAGAAUAAUGUAGUGAUCGUAGACGAGGAGAAUCAAAGUGAAAUUGCAAGCUUAUUCACAAGAGUAUUCCUACCUCAAGGAUAUCCCAAAAGUGUAAGCAAGGAUUACACAAACUAUCAAGUUUGGGAUACGGCACAAGCCUUCUGCAGCACUAUUACUGGUAUUCUUGCAACACAAGAGGUAUUGAGAGGUGUGGGCGUAGGAGACACCAGUGCAACACCCCUUGCUGCCACUGUCACAUGGGUUCUUAAAGAUGGCUGCGGUCAUUUGGGGAAGAUAUUCUUUGCAUACAGCCAUGGGAGCUACCUAGACGCAUACAGCAAGAAGUGGAGACUAUAUGCAGACACUCUCAAUGAUGCCGCCAUGUGCAUGGAAUUAGCCUUGCCUGCCUUUAAAAAUUACACCACUUUGGUGCUGUGUGCUAGCACUGUAAUGAAGGCUAUUGUUGGAGUUGCAGGUGGGGCGACCAGAGCGGCUAUGACACAACAUCAUGCUGUAAGAGGCAACCUAGCAGAUGUGACUGCUAAGGACUCUGCACAAGAAACAGCUGUUAAUCUUAUAGCUUCCCUUACUGCGCUUUUAAUUAUCACAGCCUUUGGGGGGUCCCUUACGAUCUUCAUAAUAAUGAUGAUAUUGCACAUAAUUUUCAACUACUUGGCUGUGAGAUCAGUUUGCCUAAGAACUUUGAAUGAACCAAGAUUUUUGAAUAUUGUCGACACAUAUUUGAGAGAGGAGGCUAUCGCUAAACCUUGUACCGUUAACAGAAAUGAGCCAGUCGUGCUGUUUGGCACAGUUGGUUCCGGCCUUUUAGUCAAGGCUUUGUGCGGUUUCCGAAUUAAAAUCGGUUGCUCAAUGAAGGAAUUAGCGAAAAGAAACCCAAAGGCUGAUCAUAUGCGAAGUUUGCAAGAGGUUUACGAGAACACUAACUAUAUUAUAGUGCCAUGCCUAUACACAAAUGAUAUAUACAUAUUCCUUCGAGAUUCUGCUAGGACUGACAGCAUAUUGUGUUCUUAUUUUCAUGCUAUACUGUUCGGUAUUGUUAUUUGCGCAAUAAAUGAGUUUCCUUUGACCAUUUAUGAUAACCCAGACAAUGUUUUAAAACCUUUUCCAAUAAUUUGUGAAGCUUUGCGACAAGCUGACUGGACUAAAGAACCAAUGGAGUCGCCAUGCAAUAAAUUUUCUCAUGAACCUUCCUUAGAACUCAUGAGUUAUUUGAAUAAAAUUGUAGAAAAAGAAUGGCCUAUAAUAAAAGCCGGCCUUGAACGAGUUGGUUGGGAUCUAAAAAAGCAUCUCCUGAUAGUCGACGAAUGGAGAUUGCGCACGGCUAAAUUAAUUACCAAUAACAUAGAAAUCGCUCCAGAAGACAACAAACACAGUAACACUAAUAAAGUAAUAACUUUUGAUGUAAAUGACGGCAAAGUGGAAAAAAAAGAUGGCCACGCAGAAGAUAAAACUUACACUAUUGAACCGGAGAGCAGUGAUGUUGUCAGUCUGUAGGUAUACCGAAACUUGAAUCAAUAAAAUCCAUCUUCCAAUACAUGGGUACUUAUAGAUAAAACAGUCGCCGUGUUAUCGUGUAAAUACGCUAAUUAGUUCUUUCUAGCUCAAACUUACAAUGUACAGAUGUAAGCACCAAAUUGAAGUGUAUUUUUGUGUACUUUUUAUUUAUUAGUGUUCAUUUUUUGCAAUAACUAAGUAUUUUGAAUAUAUUUUAUUCAUUACACGAACCAACAAAUACGGAGACUGAGUACUGAAAAUAGUAAAAAUUUCAUAAAGGCACCACAGGGUCAAUAAUUGUUGUACAUUCUGAAUUGUGUCGCAUCAAUAUUUUGUGAAAUGUUCGUAAAUCAGAAUCAAAAACUGAAAUAUAUUUUUUUCUGAAAUAAAUCUUACACAGAAAGUUU